ACUCUGCUGUCCCGUGAGGUCCGGUGAUGUAUGAUCUCACAACAUUCAACUGGUUAUGUAAACAAACUCAUUAAUCCAGACGUGUGUUUAUUAUACUAGCCUACUAGUGAGUGGAGGGUCAUUGUACGCGGUGCUGUCGACAUUCUACUGUACUUGAAUAUAAAGGAUGGGCGUGAGUCGCCCUCGAAAGGGAAGCGAGGGGGGAUCCAUUUUCAGCAUAGAAGGCGAGCUCACUGCUCAGUUCACUCUGCGCGCUGCUUCCUAUGCGGAGUGAGAGAGAGGCGCUAUGGAUACUACAGGAAACACCACAACAGCUGUCUGAAGACCAGCCAAAUAUCAACUGAAACGCACAGGAGGGAGGGGAGUGUGAGAAACAUAGGUUGUGUGUGUGUUAAAGUGUGCAUGUUAGAGAGAGCGAGAGAGAGGACUAAGGUUGGACCAGGUGAUCACGUCCUAUCAAACCUCCAAGGAGCUGCCGGCCAGGAUCAGUGUUUACAGGAAGGAUCAGAGUUCCGACCAGAACAUGGUGGUGCCAGCCCGCUGCCCGGGACCCUGUGCCAUGCUGGCGCUCAGCCUUCUCAUGGGAUACGGCGUGGUGCGCUGCGUCGCCGGUCAGAACGACACGGAGCCCAUCGUACUGGAGGGGAAGUGUCUGGUGGUCUGCGACUCUAACCCGUCCUCGGACGGCGGGGUGACUUCAUCGCUCGGGAUAUCCGUCCGGUCGGCUGGCGCCAAGGUAGCUUUCUCCGCGGUGCGCGGGACGAAUCACGAGCCCUCCGACAUGAGCAACACGUCCAUGACCAUCUACUUUGACCAGGCUUUAGUGAACAUCGGCAACCAUUUCGAUCUGAAAGCGAGUGUCUUCCAGGCGCCAAGGAGGGGAAUAUACAGCUUCGGUUUUCAUGUGGUCAAGGUCUACAACAGACAGACCAUACAGGUCAACCUGAUGCAGAACGACUACCCGAUCAUAUCAGCUUUCGCCGGUGACCAGGACGUCACUCGGGAGGCGGCCAGCAACGGCGUUCUUCUGCAGUUGGAGCGCGAGGACCGGGUGUAUCUGAAGCUGGAACGGGGCACGCUCAUGGGCGGAUGGAAAUAUUCCACGUUCUCAGGCUUCCUUGUCUUUCCACUAUAAUUUAAUAUGUGAUCACGGAAAUCGCAAACGUGACUCCUCCAUGGUUGAGGAACGAUUAAAAAAAACAACAAAUUUGCUCUUUUAUUUGAAGUGAACUGUCAGAGGAAGAAGACAGAUUCGUGUACACACUACACACUUUACAGUGUCUAUUCAAUUCAAACAUUAACGUUUCCAUGGAGUUCGUACAUCCAAAUCCAUCGACUAAAACCCUAUCUGGAAGGAUAAUCGAAUCGAUCUACCCGUGAUGUAUAGGCCUACCACUUGUCGAUUAUUUGGAUUUUAUCGCUUGGGAGUCAACUAACUUUUGUCAACAGACUGUCAAGUCAGUCUACCUCUGUGUACCCUGACUGCUGAACGGAUGAGAAUAAUAUUAUAUAAAUCGAAAAGCUUAAAACUUCCCGAACUAACGUGUAUUUACCAAUGCUCUCUCUAUUUUGUGUUUGUGUAGCCUUAAAUAAUAAUGUUUCCGUCAAGUGAGUUGUAUGGAAUUCUUAUGGACGUCCAGGAGAAGAAGAGUGCUUUCACGCCGAAGGCUUUUUUUUUUUUUUUUUUUUUGCAGGAAUGGAAGAAUGUGUUUGUUUUUUGCUGUUUAUGGUGUUCCGUUUGGAUGCUGAACAAAAUGGAAGACUUUUUUUUGUUUGUUUUGUGCUUUUCAUGGUGUUCCGUUUGGAUGCUGAACAUGUUGAAAAGAAGGCAAAUAUAGGCUGCCUAACUAUCCAGAGAUGAUAUAAAAGAUUUUUAAAAAAGCGACAUAUUUCAGCCAAUGGACACGUCUAUAGAAACUCUUUUACAAAAAAAAAAAAACAAAUAUUUAUCUAAUUUAUAAAGUACAUAUUCACAUUAUGGUGUGUUCUACAUUUCGGAUCUGCGUAGCUUUAACUGAUAUUGUGUCCAGUGACGUUGCUCACACAUGUACAUUGUGAAAAUAACAACAGAAAAAUCCCAAUUAUAUGAUGUCCCGCCUAAUAAAUAAUAUUGCAUUGUAUACGCGUAUGUAUUCACUUUUAUUAUAUAGGCUACCAGUUUAGGCUUGCAAAUGACAUGCAAGGUCGAAAAGGCAUCAGGAAAGUAAUCGUGAUAGAAUCGGUCAUUAAUAAAGUAGUGUACAGCAAACGGCCUCAGACCUGUAGCGCACUAUUGACUGACGCUGUCCAUGGUGCUGAUCGAGC